AUGUUCACUUACGACCCUCUUCAAGAGAAAAACCGAGAGAUCAGGCUCGUUCGGCUGGAUUCGUCCACAGUUACCGCGGAUAACCCGGACGAUGCCUCCGCGCCUGAGACCAUCUCACUGGAGAUGCGACAUGUGUCCAUGAACGACGAAGUUGAGUACGCGACAUUAUCUUAUACCUGGGGAGAUCCUAAGGAUACGGAGGAGAUCGUCGUCAGAGGAACACCGUUUCCUGUAACCCGGAACCUGGCUGCAGCGUUGAGACAAUUCCAUCAACAGAAGCUACAGUCGUGGCUAUGGAUCGACGCAAUCUGCAUCGACAUGUCAAAUGCUCCAGAGAGACACCUGCAAGUUAGCUCUAUGAAAGAAAUAUACAGCCAAGCCAGCCUGGUCCAUAUCUGGCUCGGACAAGGCUGCAUGGAGACCGACUUGGCGAUGGAUUUGGUCUCUCGUUUGGGACCAGCCGCAGUCGCUUGUGACGUGGCGAGCUUGUUCGAUCAUGAUGCAGUGCCACCCGAGGUCAAGGCCUACCUCAAGAAGCGUGCUGACUCCCGAGAUCUGGAUGGAGGGACAGAGGAUAUCUCCGGGCCCGCGUUAGGAAUGUUUCUCUACGAUCUUUUCGAGGAGGAGGGCUUGUCCGGCGAUAGGGAACAUAAGACUAGCAAAAGCCCACUGAAGUCUGGAAUUGUGAACAUUCUGACACGAGAUUACUGGCAUCGCAUCUGGGCUUUCCAAGAAGUGAUUCUAGCAAGGGAAGCUCUUGUACACGUCGGCACAAGAACGGUCUCGCUCGACAUGUUCGACGCAAUAUUCUCGACACUAUGGAGCUACUGGAUGAUGUACGAUCUCAGCUGGCUGCAACCAAGGUGGAAUUAUAUUAUGGCGGGCUUGGAAGGUACUUUCUGGAAAAUCAAGGGACUUGAGUUCCGUCGUUGGAUGCGAUUACCUUCCAGUCCGAUGAAAGCGAAGCUGGCGCAUAUCCUGUGGGAGCGCUGCGGCUCACCGAACCGCCCCUUUUACAGCGCGACAGACCCUAGAGAUAUUCUGUACGGACUUCUAGGCAUAAUUCCAGCAGAGCAAGCUAAGAGAGUGCUCGUCGACUAUCAGAAACCAGUUGCUGAGGUGUUCGCAGAAAUAACCAGACUCCUGCUGGAUGAGUCUAGUAGCCUUAAAGAGUGGGAUCCGCAUGCUUUUUACCUAGACUCUUGUAAGCCAGGGGAAAUCGACGGUCCCUUACCUACGUGGGUUCCCGACUGGCGGGAGGUUGGAAAGUACGGAGGACCAAAUCGGGAAAUCAGCUAUUUUAAAGACUUCAAGGCCGCUGGAAACAUACCCCAGCCAGUCUCUACUCAGAGCGAUGGCAUUGGAAGCUUCGGGAUACUCCGCAAGGCUGGGUGCCGCGUUGAUGUGGUUACCGAAGUUAUGGAACCGCCUGAAUGGUAUCAGCCCAACCGGUAUAGUGCAUCGGAAAUCCGGGAUGCAGAUACUUGGGUCCAGAAGAUCGCUCGCUUCGUCGAUUUGGGCCCCGAGUCAGGGCCUGGGGAGGAUUAUAUCUGGCGCACGGCUAACAUUAAGAGCACCCAUCGACUCAAACCUGAUGAGGACAUUGACAUUCGAGAACUGGUCCGCAAAUUUAUGCGGCAGGAAUCCAUCAAUGCUGGAAGUUUAACGAAGGAACAGGUCCAGUUUCUCUAUGAGAGAUUUGGUCAGAGUUCCUUCUACUGGACUCCCGCUACAGGUCCCAGUGAUGAUGAGGUCGGACGUAUUGCACAUUAUUGGCGAUCGCGUGCGGGUAGUAGUACCAGAAACCGCACUUUUUUCAAGACCACGAAGGGGAUGUUUGGGCUUGGAUACGUAGAAGUUGAGGCCGGUGACAUCGUAACGCUUAUCUGGGGUGUGCGCUCACCCAUCGUCCUCAGACAGCGAGCGGAUGGUGGUUUUUACUUUCGUGGAGAUGCAUAUGUGGAUGGGAUUAUGCAUGGCGAAUUUCUUGCUACCUGCCCUGCACAUGAGGAGUUCUCAAUACAUUAA